AUGAAUGGGAGCAUCGGGGGAGGGCGGUGGGCUACUAGCCCAGCGAAUUACCUCCUGUUAAAGCCAUUCAGACAAUUCGCCGUUGAACCACCAUCUGGGACUCGAGUGGGCCAGAUGAUGAUGACAAUGCUGGAAAUGGGGGAGAGGUUGACAAUUCUUAAAUCAUUCAAUUUCUCUUCCUACCAGGAAGUAUUUGAUGAUGCAUCACCUGGGAAGCAAAAAGAAAUCCAAGAACCAGAUCCAACUUAUGAAGAAAAAAUGCAAACUGACCGAGCAAAUAGAUUUGAGUAUUUAUUAAAGCAGACAGAGCUGUUUGCACAUUUCAUUCAGCCUGCUGCUCAGAAGACUCCAACCUCACCUUUAAAGAUGAAACCAGGGCGCCCACGGGUAAAAAAAGAUGAAAAACAGAAUUUGCUAUCAGUUGGCGACUACCGACACCGUAGAACAGAGCAAGAGGAGGAUGAAGAGCUAUUAACAGAAAGCUCCAAAGCAACUAAUGUCUGUACUCGGUUUGAAGAUUCUCCCUCAUAUGUAAAAUGGGGUAAAUUGAGAGAUUAUCAGGUCCGGGGAUUGAAUUGGCUCAUCUCUCUGUAUGAAAAUGGCAUCAAUGGUAUCCUUGCAGAUGAAAUGGGUUUGGGAAAGACACUUCAAACAAUUUCUCUCCUUGGGUAUAUGAAACACUAUAGAAAUAUUCCUGGUCCUCAUAUGGUUUUGGUUCCCAAGUCUACAUUGCACAACUGGAUGAGUGAAUUCAAGAGAUGGGUACCAACACUUAGAUCUGUUUGCUUGAUAGGAGAUAAAGAGCAAAGAGCUGCAUUUGUCAGGGAUGUUUUAUUACCAGGAGAGUGGGAUGUGUGUGUCACAUCUUAUGAAAUGCUUAUUAAAGAGAAGUCUGUAUUCAAAAAAUUUAACUGGAGAUACUUAGUUAUAGAUGAAGCUCACAGAAUAAAAAAUGAAAAAUCUAAGUUGUCAGAAAUAGUGAGGGAAUUCAAGACUACAAAUCGACUGUUGCUAACUGGGACGCCUCUUCAGAACAACUUGCACGAGCUCUGGUCACUUCUAAAUUUUUUAUUACCAGAUGUGUUUAAUUCAGCUGAUGACUUUGAUUCCUGGUUUGAUACAAAUAAUUGCCUUGGGGAUCAAAAGCUAGUUGAGAGGCUUCAUAUGGUUUUGCGUCCAUUCCUCCUACGUCGAAUUAAAGCUGAUGUUGAAAAGAGUUUGCCUCCAAAGAAAGAAGUAAAAAUCUAUGUGGGUCUUAGCAAAAUGCAAAGGGAAUGGUAUACUCGGAUAUUAAUGAAGGAUAUAGACAUAUUAAACUCAGCAGGGAAGAUGGACAAAAUGAGGUUAUUGAACAUUUUGAUGCAGUUGAGGAAAUGCUGCAAUCAUCCAUACCUUUUUGAUGGAGCUGAACCUGGUCCACCUUACACAACAGAUAUGCAUCUAGUUACCAAUAGUGGCAAAAUGGUGGUAUUAGACAAGCUGCUCCCUAAAUUAAAAGAACAAGGUUCAAGAGUACUAAUCUUCAGUCAGAUGACCAGGGUGUUAGACAUUUUGGAAGAUUAUUGCAUGUGGAGAAAUUAUGAGUACUGCAGAUUGGAUGGGCAGACACCCCAUGAUGAGAGACAAGACUCCAUCAAUGCAUACAAUGAACCAAAUAGCACAAAGUUUGUUUUUAUGCUAAGCACACGUGCUGGUGGUCUGGGCAUCAAUCUUGCUACUGCUGAUGUAGUAAUUUUAUAUGAUUCAGAUUGGAAUCCCCAAGUAGAUCUUCAGGCUAUGGACCGAGCUCAUAGAAUUGGACAAACAAAGACUGUCCGAGUGUUUCGAUUUAUAACUGAUAACACUGUAGAAGAAAGAAUAGUAGAACGUGCCGAGAUGAAACUCAGAUUGGAUUCAAUAGUUAUUCAACAAGGGAGGCUUGUAGAUCAGAACCUGAACAAAAUUGGGAAAGAUGAAAUGCUUCAAAUGAUUCGACAUGGGGCCACACAUGUGUUUGCGUCAAAAGAAAGUGAAAUCACUGAUGAGGAUAUUGAUGGUAUUUUGGAAAGAGGUGCAAAGAAGACUGCAGAGAUGAAUGAAAAGCUCUCCAAGAUGGGUGAAAGCUCACUUAGAAACUUUACAAUGGAUACAGAGUCCAGUGUGUAUAACUUUGAAGGAGAAGACUACAGAGAAAAACAGAAGAUUGCAUUCACAGAGUGGAUUGAACCACCUAAACGAGAAAGGAAAGCCAACUAUGCUGUUGAUGCGUAUUUCAGGGAAGCACUCCGUGUCAGUGAACCUAAAGCACCCAAGGCACCUAGACCUCCGAAACAGCCAAAUGUUCAGGAUUUCCAGUUCUUUCCUCCACGUUUAUUUGAAUUACUGGAAAAAGAAAUUCUGUAUUACAGGAAAACCAUUGGGUACAAGGUGCCUCGGAGUCCUGACCUACCUAAUGCAGCACAGGCACAGAAAGAAGAACAACUUAAAAUUGAUGAAGCAGAGCCCCUUAAUGAUGAGGAGCUAGAGGAAAAAGAAAAGCUUCUGACACAGGGGUUUACUAAUUGGAAUAAGAGAGACUUUAAUCAGUUUAUCAAAGCUAAUGAGAAGUGGGGUCGUGAUGAUAUUGAAAAUAUAGCCAGAGAAGUAGAAGGAAAAACUCCAGAGGAAGUCAUUGAAUACUCAGCUGUGUUUUGGGAAAGAUGCAAUGAGCUCCAGGACAUAGAGAAGAUUAUGGCUCAGAUUGAAAGGGGAGAGGCAAGAAUUCAAAGAAGAAUAAGUAUCAAGAAAGCACUAGAUACAAAGAUUGGAAGGUACAAAGCUCCCUUUCAUCAGCUAAGAAUAUCAUAUGGUACUAACAAAGGGAAAAACUACACCGAAGAAGAGGACCGUUUUCUCAUUUGUAUGCUGCACAAGCUUGGAUUUGACAAGGAAAACGUUUAUGAUGAGUUACGGCAAUGUAUUCGAAACUCCCCUCAGUUCAGAUUUGAUUGGUUUCUCAAGUCCAGAACUGCAAUGGAGCUCCAGAGGAGGUGCAAUACCUUAAUUACUUUGAUUGAAAGAGAAAAUAUGGAACUAGAAGAAAAGGAGAAGGCAGAGAAAAAGAAAAGAGGACCAAAGCCUUCAACACAGAAACGUAAAAUGGAUGGUGCCCCUGAUGGUCGAGGAAGAAAGAAGAAGCUGAAACUAUGAACGUAUAUUGGUCUUAUAAUCACUAAGCUAGUAGUUCUUUAAUUUACGGGUCUUCAUAAGAUGUGCUGUACAGUGCUCAACUGUUAUGUCAUUCAAAGACAUCAGCUCCAUCUGCUUACUGAGCUAGAAACAUAGGAUGUAGUUUCACUUUUUUAAAUGCAACAGCUGUGCUGAAAUUUUUUUAUCAUUAACACUUGAAGUAAUAAAACAGGCUUCAUUUAUUAAUAAAUGUUUCAUUUGAUUUAUUUUUCUAUUA